AUGGCGUACGAUCACACGGAUUACUGCCGUAAUAGCAUAAACAUGUCCCAAAAUGAAGAAAAUGAAAACUAUUCUGAAGUGAUGUUGCAGGACGAAGAUAGAAAUUUUGAUGAUUUGUUAAUAAAUAUUGUGAAAGAAUAUCCACAUCUAUAUGAUAGCAGCUCGGAUGUUUGCUGCACUCGGUGGACCCGUCUAAGAGAAUCUUUCUCUAAAGAAAAGAAAAAAAGACAAAGUGAAACAACAAGUGGAAGUGGAGCUUCCAAAAGACGAGGAUUUGUAUACUUCGAGUCUAUGAAAUAUAUUGACAAAUUUGUCAAAACUAAAAAAUCGAUAACCAACAUCAAGUUUCCCAAAAAAUCUAAUAUUUUUGAUUGUUCAAAAGACAAGAGUCUAAAUAAAGAAAUUUCAAAUUGGGUGCAGCAUGGCAAACAAACUCUGGAAAAAGAAAGAACUCCUUUGGAACAAAUUGAUGCAAAUAUAUUUUCACCAAUAAAAGAAUGCGCAAUACCGGAAACAUCACCCACUACCAGUAAUUUUGAUAAUGCGUCAUGCGUAUCUUCUCCUUCGACGACAGAAAGUAAUACAAACGAUUUCGAACAUCAAUUGUUGUCAGCUCGAUCAUCACCCGAUACAAGUAAUUCUACAUUCCUUUCUCCAACAAGCGUAAAAUCUACCUGCACUUUGAAAAAGCCGCCAUAUAUGAAGGGUAAAUUUAAUCCUAAUAUAUUAAAUAAAAGAAACGCUAAAAAUGCAGAAUAUGAAAACGAUCAUUUGGAAGCGUCUUUUAUUAGCUUGAAUCAAGCAGUUACAGAUCAUUUGAAUUCCAAAAAAGAUGGUGCACAAAUGCAGAAUGAUCCAGACAUUUCAUUUUGCAAUCUGAUUAUGGCGGAAUUGAAACAACUGGAUAAUCAUAUAAAACAAGUCAAGAAACAAGAAAUUAUGCAAAUUUUGUGGAGAAAAGAAAACUUAUAAGCAAAGUGAUUUUUGUGAUAAAAUAAAUAAUUUGCAUUUAUUCGUAUAUAUAAUACUCGUGUUUUAAGAUUGUGUGAUAUUAAAUUUACUAAUAAAAAAUAUAUGUACUAGUAUAUAAUAAUAAUAAUAAUAU